GAGGACAUCUGGAUUCUGAUCCCAGCUUGGCCACUGACUGUGUGUGGUCUUGGAAAAGACUCUCCCAUGAGCUCAGUGUUAUUGUACCCUCCCUCCCUCCUGGGGCUGCUCUAAGGACCAGAAGAGAUAGUGAGGGGUUUGUAGAUGGAAAUAAGCACACGAAGGUUAACAGUGUACAGAUUCAAGGUGAUGGGAAGACCCAUAGCUGAAAGGAUUGGGAGUUUAAUUACUGCUUCCAUUUCUAGUACUCUUACUGUGUGCUCUGAUACAUUGUUUAAUUCUCACAACCUUAUGUGGCAAAAACCAUUAUUAUUAUACCAGUUUUAAAGAUAGAGAAACAGAGGUUCAGAGACAUUAAGUAACUUGCUUAAUCAAGAUCACACAGCAAAUAAGAGGCAGAGGCAAGGCCUGGAUUUGAACCCAAAAUUUGAGCUCAGAGCCCAAGCACUAAAGCAAUGAUGAAAUUGAGUAGAGCCAACAAGUAUGGGAUAGAAGAGGAUGAUACUAUUUUUCUUGUUUACUUAUUCAUUCAACAAACAGAACCACAGUACCUACUCUGUUUCUACUUUAUGGCAGGCCCUGUUUCAGGGGAGGUAAAAUCAGUAAAACAAGGUGUCUACCUUCAGGGAUGGACCUCAUGUUCUGGCGAGAAGGCACGGCUACAGUCUCAGUAGAUGCUGGACAGAGCCUGCCCUCACUUCUGACGGAACCCUUCCCCAGAUGAGGGUACCUGCAUACCCUCUCAGAUCCAUCCUGGACUGGCACCCAGAUCUACCGUCUUCCGUCCCAGACCAUCCAUUGCUGUAGCGACUUCUUUCCAUCACCCACACACCUCCCCCUCCGGCCUCCUCCCUUCUCUGGCCUCCGCAGGGCAUCCACGUUCAGAGACUCCCUGGAAGGCCCAGCACCUGCCUGUCUCCACCCCUGUAGUUCUAUCAGCUUGGUAGAGGCCUGGGGCUAGUGGGGAGAGCUUCUUGGCCCCUUUCCAGAGGACAGUCCCUUGGUAAUGUCCAGGGCUUCAGGAAGAGAUGUCUUUGUGGCUGGAGGCCCCUGUGCCUGAUGUUUCUCCUGACUGUGCAGUGGAGCUGUGGGAGCCAGAUGCACGAGAUGCAAGCAGCCAGCCUCUGGGAAGCAGCAGCUGUACCCUCAGGGAGGAAUCUAGCACACCCCAAUCCGCUGGGAGCACUUCACGGGUGGGGCUGGAGGCAACAGAGCCCACAGCCCUGCUCCCCGGGGUGGAGGCCCCUCCAGAGUCCACAGAGCUUCGUCCACAAAAGCGGAAAAAGGGGCCAGCCCCCAAAAUGCUGGGGAAUGAGCUGUGCAGUGUGUGUGGGGACAAGGCUUCCGGCUUCCACUACAACGUGCUGAGCUGCGAGGGCUGCAAGGGAUUCUUCCGCCGCAGUGUCAUCAAAGGGGCGCGCUACGUCUGCCACAGUGGGGGCCACUGCCCCAUGGACACCUACAUGCGUCGCAAGUGCCAGGAGUGCCGCCUUCGCAAAUGCCGCCAGGCCGGCAUGCGGGAGGAGUGUGUUCUGUCAGAAGAACAGAUCCGUCUGAAGAAACUGAAGCGGCAAGAGGAGGAACAGGCUCAGGCCACAUCCGUGCCCCCGAGGGCUUCCUCUCCGCCCCAAGUCCUGCCCCAGCUCAGCCCGGAGCAGCUGGGCAUGAUUGAGAAGCUGGUGGCUGCCCAGCAGCAGUGUAACAGACGUUCCUUCUCGGACCGGCUUCGAGUCACGCCUUGGCCCAUGGCACCAGAUCCCCAGAGUCGGGAGGCCCGUCAGCAACGCUUUGCCCACUUCACGGAGCUGGCCAUUGUCUCUGUGCAGGAGAUCGUUGAUUUUGCCAAACAGCUGCCGGGCUUCCUGCAGCUCAGCCGGGAGGACCAGAUCGCCCUCCUGAAGACCUCUGCAAUUGAGGUGAUGCUUCUGGAGACAUCUCGGAGGUAUAACCCUGGAAGUGAGAGUAUUACCUUCCUCAAGGAUUUCAGUUAUAACCGGGAAGACUUUGCCAAAGCAGGGCUGCAGGUGGAGUUCAUCAACCCCAUCUUUGAGUUCUCCAGAGCCAUGAAUGAGCUGCAACUAAAUGAUGCUGAGUUUGCCUUGCUCAUUGCCAUCAGCAUCUUCUCUGCAGACCGGCCCAACGUGCAGGACCAGCUCCAGGUAGAGAGGCUGCAACACACAUAUGUGGAGGCCCUGCAUGCCUACGUCUCCAUCCACCACCCCCAUGACCGACUCAUGUUCCCACGGAUGCUAAUGAAACUGGUGAACCUCCGGACACUGAGCAGUGUCCAUUCAGAGCAAGUAUUUGCGCUGCGCCUGCAGGAUAAAAAGCUUCCCCCGCUGCUCUCUGAGAUCUGGGAUGUGCACGAGUGACCGAUCUUCCGCUGUAUCUUCUGUUUUCUGAGCUGGAUGGCUGAGGCUGGUGGCUGCCUCCUAGAGGUGGAACCGACUGAGAAGGACAAACAUUCCUGAGGGCUGGGCAAAGGAGAUCCUCAAGUGGCAUUAAAGGAGAGUCAAAGGGU